UCAUAUUGUGUGUGCGAAUGAUAAACACCAUUCAUACUAUGAAUUUCGGCGGGGUGUGGCGAGGCGCGGACGCCAUUUGGGAAUUUACAACUAACCGAGUAUUUGCAGCAGAGACACUGCAUAUAGCCUAUCGAAUUUGAAAAUGGAAUUGUUUAUUUUCAAUACAUGUGAAUCGCAGUCCUUUAUCAGUUGGCGCGUCGCGUCGUAUACCUCACCCACGCAUUGUUAUUAGAUAAGUUAUAGGUGUGAUAAAAAUGUUAACCUAAUAUUGUUGGCGCGAAAUAAAUGAACAUUGUAAAUGUUUCAUGCUGUGGUACGUUUAUUUGAGUGUUUUUGGACAAUGACGCGUCGCAGUGUUUAGAAACAACGCUUUGAACAAGGAUGGGUCGCGCCAAAGUUCCACACUAAGUACGUUGAGAUCAAGCGACAAGCGGCGAAAAUUAUGAAUAAACAAUUAAAUAAUGAAGAUAUUAUAGAAAUUCUAAAUAAAUUGAAAUGGCUUAUAAACGGGCUUGAUAAACGCAUAUUGCCUCAGGAUGCAGAUACUGACAAGGUCGCUGAAAAGUUCCAUCCUAACAUCCUACACGCAUUAAAACAAGAACAUGAGGUGAUCAUUAACUCUAGAGAAAUAAAACAAACAUUUUCACGGUCAGUUGGUCCAGGCGUACUGUCAACAGAUCAUGGUGUUCAUACUAAAGAACCUUUUAAUGCAGAAGUCGCUGUGUCGUCAUUUGAAUCGAAUUGUAUCGAUACAAGAGAGUCGACCCAAGAAACAGGGGGAGAUAUAAUUAUGCCAUCGGCGGAAACACAUGCAUUUAACGAUGAAAAUAGUUCAAGAGACAAUAAUUGUCGAUCAAGUGGGCAGCGUGAAAAUCAAAAUGAUUUAUGUGAUUCCCGAGACACGACAGACGAUGAGGAUAUUUUAGACUUGAUGACAUACGAAUUCUAUGGCUGGGGAAGAUGAUGCAUCUAUGGGUAAUCUCGUCACACAAGAAAAUAGGGAAUGCGAAAACAGUGAAAAUAUAAAUCCGGAAACUAAUUUAAACAAACUUAAUAAUCAAAAUUUGCACAUCGAGGACACUAUAAACGAUGAUGAAUAUAGGUAUUGCUUUCCUUACCUAAAAACAAAAACAUGUAAGAAACCUAAAUGCAAAUUCAUACAUGAUUUUCCAACCACAGAGAUUAUGCACAAGAUAUUAAAGAAAUUAUAUAAAAAACCAUUAUUUGAUUUGCUAACUAGUCACAGUCUUAAACGAAUGUACGGAGAUUGCUUUGCUAAAGCGUUUUCCCAAAGACAUGACUUAAAAAAUCUCUUUACAAUCAUGAUGGAAUUUUUAGAACAUUCACCAAAAGUGAAAAUUACGGAUCGCAUAAUAAACACCAAUCUAAAUUAUUUUAAUAAUUAUUAUAAAAACAUCAAUCUUACGCCAUAUAAAAAAAUAUUAUUAGCAUAUGUAUGUCCAGAGAAACAAUUGUAUAUGGUGCUGUUCGAGCGGGUUUUAAGAAGAAAAAUAAAUAAUGAAAAUGAUUUUAAGUCAUUCAAACGGGUUUGUUUGUUAUUAACUAAUUUUAUAAUCGAUAAUUGUAGAGAAGUUGACAUGUCCACUACAGAAAUAUUCAUGAACAAAAUUUGUACGGUGCAAUACGAUCAAAGCUUAACAAAAGCGUUAAUUAAUAUAAUGCGACGUACGAGUGCAGAAAUAUUCGAAAAUCCCGCAAUACAGCGUCUAGAGGAAGUCAUAAAACGCAAUGCAGCACUCUAUGAACAAUAUUUACAAUUAAAAGACGCUAAGAGGAAGAAAAAUGAUGGCGUUAAAAAAUAUAAUAUUGGAUCUCAAGUUCAAAAUUAUGUUAAUGAAGUCACAAGUACUUCGAUAAGUAACAAUUUACAAUAUUCUUCUAAGAGGAAUAAUGGAGCAAUAGAUAUCACUGAAAGGGGCAUCAGCCAUCCCAUUCCAAAUGGUUCUGAAGAUUUGCCUGAUUCUACUGUACCUUAUAAGGAUACCGACGAUUUAACAAUUGCGGAUUAUGAAAGAAAUUCACGUGAAAUAAGUAAUAAUUAUUAUAUGUCUGGAAAGAAUUAUUCACAAGAUAGAACAUGGUGCUUAUUUUAUAUAUUAGAUCGUUGUAACAGACAUAAUUGUAGUUACCGACAUGGGGAGCCAGAUCUAGAAGAAUUCAAAAAACUGCUGAACCAGAUCAAAGAGGAGAAAUUAUUUACCUUGAUCAAACACCAGCCCACAGUAAAUAAAUACGGGAAAUGCCUCGCUCAAAAGUUUUAUGAACAAAAAUCAACUAAACUAUUGGUGAUGUUGGCUGUAGAGUGCUUGAUAUUAGCAGACAUCAUACCAGAUAUUAAAACUGACGUAAUAAAUGUAACAUUACGUUACUUCAACAGGCCGGAAAUUGAUGUUUGUCUGUGCGAAGAGCUACUGAAUAAAAAAAUACAAACGAAGUCUGUUCAAUCGCUGCUGUUAAAACAAUUAUUAAGUAAUGACACUCUUUCAGAAUCCACGAAUGCACUAAUUUUCUUGAUAAAUUCAAUAAGUGCAAGUAAUGAAACGUUUGGUUACUAUGCCGCAGAAUCUAUUCUGGAAAGAGUUUGCUCAUCAUACAAUAUCAAUUUGGCAAGAGCUUUUAUGAAUGUCAUUCGUCUUACCUACCCAAAAAUACUUAAACAUUCCUUAAUAUCUCGAUUCGAAGAAUUAUUGGCAACGGACAAAGAUCUUCUCGAGCAGUAUAAAGUUUUGAAAACCGCCAAUAAUAAUGGCGAUGUAGAUACACGUCGAAUUGCUAAUGAAACAGUUAGCACGUCAAAUGUUAAUACGGACAUUGUUACACAAAAACGUAGGCGGAGUACGGACGAAACAUCUUUAAAGGCCAACAGUACACAUCCCAAGCCUGCUGCCUCCAUAAAGAGACGGCGCUUCACAAACCACAACCUGGUGGCCCAGACACCUGAACCGAGUCCUGUCAUACCGCCUCUUCCGCACAGAAAGCCAAUAAAGAUAUUUCCUUGCCAUUGGGCCCCCCUCAUUGGUACUUCGAGUAGUAAACCGGAGAGAAGUCAGCAAAGAAAUGGCCAAGCAGAUUCGCCUUGAUCUCAUUUUUAUUUUUAAGGCAUUUUAAAAUUAUACAAACAUUCGUAUAAGUAAAAUCGUACAUUAGAUUCGAUAAAUAAUUAGGGCAUUUUCAUGGGAUCCAAAUAUAAAUCUACGAACCGAUCUUGAGAAUAAACCAAUCAAAAUAAGUCAGUUGUAAUCAUGUCAAAAAGAUUUGUUCGGAAUAGCUAGCAAGAUUUUUGCGUUAUAGUAUACUUAAUUUUUUUUUACGUUUUUGCGGCGUCCCAAUGUAUCUCGAACUGAAAUACAUUAUAACUGGAGCAAUAUACGGUAUGUGAAUAUAUGGUUGCUGCAUUGCAACAUUGGGCGCUUGUAACCUCGAACAUCGUGUAACCAAUGUAAUAGUCUAAGAGCCUGUGAACCCCAGACCUUCGUUAUUUUAUAAAAGCUGAAAGUUUGUCAGCGCAUGCUCCCAACACAGGUAACAACGAUGGGCCAUUAUGAAGUUUGGGCUAUAGUGGCUUUGGCAGGUACACAAAAAAAUCGUAAAUAAAAAAAGGGAAAAAUAAAAGAAAAAUGUUAGCGAGACUGAUUAUUUUUUAUAUGAAGAUCAGCAUUUAUAGAUUUUGAAAAUAAUUACCUACAGUCAGCAAAAAGGGGAAAUUAUGGUAAAACUUUUCUUUUAAGGACUCUAUGGGCCCAUUACAAGUUUUGAGUACUGUUAGUCAGAAAUUGCUAUCAAGUCGCGUUUUUUACAUUCUAAGGGAGCUGGUUCACUUUAUUUAUUGCUGAAUUGUAAAUCCAACACGAAAUUCAAGAUUUUAUCAGAUUUGUUUCUUGUAUGUAUGUAUAUUAUUAAAAGACUUAAAAAAAAAGAAGGUGCAUGAAUUAAAAGCA